GGAAAGUUGCAUAUAUUUAAUGUGGCAUCCUCAAUCUGUCUGACUAGAGCCGUCGACUGCUGACUGAAGAGUUGGGACUUCCAGAUAUUUCAGCAGAGAUAGCAGUAAAAAUGUCUCGAUUCCACGGAAUGGUCAUGCCCUUCAACAAAGAACCAAAGUGGCUGUUUGAGACUAUGGACAGGUAUCUCAAGCAGAUAAUGGGAUUGACAUUCGUCAGAGAGGCACAUGUGAAAAAGUUUAAUAAACUGAAGACUUUCAACCUGCCAGGAGAGUUGGCGAGUUUAAAGUCGCUUCUUGAAGCCACAUGGUCACCUGUGGUUUUUUGUCAUAAUGAUGUACAGGAAGGUAAUAUUCUCUAUUUGGCGGACAAAGACGCAACAUCCACAGAUAAAUUGAUGCUGAUUGAUUUUGAGUACAGCAGCUACAACUACAGGGGCUUUGACAUUGGAAAUCACUUCUGUGAAUGGAUGUAUGACUACACUUAUGAUCAGUGGCCUUUCUUCAAAGCUAAUAUGGAGAAUUAUCCCAACCGACAGCAGCAGCUUCACUUCAUCAGACAUUACCUUUCUGAAUAUUCGGGGAAUAAAGGGGACUCGGUGCAUGAUGAUCAGUUGAAAAUUGAAGAAGAGAUGAUCAUUGAGAUCAACAGGUAUGCCCUAGCCUCUCACUACCUGUGGGCACUCUGGGCUAUUAUACAAGCAAAGCUUUCCACAAUUGAGUUCGGUUACAUGGAUUAUGCCCUGUAUAGACUGGAAGCCUACUUUGAUCAGAAGAGAAUACUUGGUUGACUUGCUGUACAGUGCUAGCACUGCUUGGAAUUUAGCACGUUUCUGUUAUUAAUUAUUUU